GGCCCGCACGAUGGAGUGGCAAGAGUGCUGUGUAUUAGUCACCGACAGACACGAAGAUGGCAUUAAAGAAACACGAGGGAGGGGAUAUCAUAAAUUCAUGUGGAAUAUGUGGGUUAGAGGAGGAAGAGGAGGAAGAAGAGGAGCAGGUGGAGGAGGAGGAGUAGAAAUAAAUGACUAGGCUGCCUCAUUUCCCUUCCGUCAGUUCCUCAGUAGACAUGUCCCGCCAGCAACUCCUCUUUCGCCCUCCUGACCAUCGCCUGAGCUGUCCCCUCCUGCUGCUGCUCCUCGUCAGCGUGGUGGAGACAUACCUUGCCGUCACUGAUAAUGUAAAGAGCUGGCAGGCGGGUAACGGCGAUGUUGUCCUGUUUUGCGAAUCUGACUCCAAGUUCUUCAACCGGACCAACAGACUUGCGCUGGUUCACUGUGGAGAGGCUGAGUGCGGGGAAUACUUCAGUCUUUCAUGCGUCCUUCCAGAUACAGGCUUGACUUCGUUUUGCUCAGAAUCAGGUCUUGAAGAACCUCUGAAUGCAGUGACCACGAAAGACUUCAUUUAUGAUAAGCUAUUACUUCCUUCUGUCCUGGCCGGGAGGUAUUACACAUGUUCCCGCGGCAUGAUAUGGAACGGAGGGGAAGGGCCAGGGCGCCUCGCUGUGUGUUGGAACAGGGAGUGGAAUAACAUUACCGACUCCUGCGUCAUCGACCCCACAGUGCCUAGGGACUGCUCAGAGCUGGCCGCCAGAGGGUUUAACACGUCAGAUGUUUACUUAACGAGGCCUGAUGGUGUCUCCCAGCUAGUUACGGAGGUGUGGUGCGACCUGGACGACCAGCAGGAGGGAGCGUGGAUGACAGUUCUCAAGGUGGACACUAACUCCCAGCUCCCUGAUCAGUACAAAGAUUCCAUGUACUUUUACGGCUUCGGUUCUCCUGACGACACGACUUUCUUUAUUGGAUUCCACCAUUUGGCAAACUUAACGCUGGAAAGUGACUCCUCGCGGCCCCUCGUGCUCCAGGUGUUGCUAACCACCUCAGAUGGAGGGGAAUACCAUGUGACCUAUGACAAUGUGACCUUUGGAGAGGCUCCUCAGCGCAGACUUCUGAGUUUAGGGAGCGUGCACGGCAAUGCAGGAGACGGUCUGAGGGGCGCCGAGGGCAAAUCAGUACAGUCAGGGCAGAAUUCUUUUUGGUGGCUGUCUCAGGAACGAACGUCCAAUCUCUUCGCCCUGUCGUGGUUUCCCUUCUAUGGAGAAGGGAAGGAUCUGGCGAAGGUGGUGGUGCGGGUGCGUCCUCAGGAAUAUGACGCCAGUGUAGCGUGCCCACCUCUCGGGGUCAGCGUGGAGGCCUGGCGAGACCCACCCGUCCACCUGACAGGGCACGUGCCCGACAGCCGCGCUCCAGGUGUCACUGUGAACAUUACCUGCGUUAAGAAGAUGUACGGGUUUGACAUGUCAGGAGAAGUGCGGCGGAAGACUGAAUUCCUGAUAUGUGAGGAACAGGCAAAUGGAGGACCUGCCUGGAACUCUUCUUUCUCUCCCUGCCAGCUGUUGUGUCCUGCGGAAUUUGAACCGUUUCCUGAGUUCGACGUGUGUCUCCAUCAAGAGCCCCCUGAACAAAGCUCCUACGGCGCCACCAGCAGUACCCUCAGGUGUGCCGGGGAGGAAGGCGCCACCCUAGCUACGGCUUACGACAUCCCUUACGACCAACUCAGUACCGACCCCAACCCAGCCAUGACUAUUCACAGGGUGGUGGGUGACAACAUCGUGCCGUCUCUCCCUGCCACCAUGACUUGCCACGAGGAGGACCACCACUGCCAGGCGAGUCACUUCAAGCUUCUUUCUCCUCUUUUAUCCCUGCGGCAGCUCAGCAAGUUAGGAAUUCCCGGGAUUCGCUAAUUGUCCUUACUUUCUUGAAUCCGGUGAAGAAGAAGAAAAAGAAAAAAAAAAGACGUGGGAUUAUUAAUUUUCUUCUGGAUUUGUGUGACACGCUGUAUCUAAACACCUACAAAUUUAUGAUCAUUACUGUCCUCAUUUUCUUGAAUUCGGCGAAGAAAAAGCGUGGGAUA